AUGUCUGCUGAAAUUAGUGGGCACCAUCCGUACCAGCCAGAAUCAUUUAGUUAUCAAAGAUAUUACAACAACUUCCUAUUGCCAUUGCACUUGCGUCCUACAUCUUUAGGAAUCGGCAUCACCAUUUCAGUUAUUGGCUUUGUCAGUAUCAUCUUAGGUGGCAUUGGAUACGGCUUCCAUGGGUAUUGCUACAACCCUUCUGUUGUCAUAGCAUUAGAUAUAUGGGUUGGGAUUUCGUAUUGCAUUUGUGGAAUUUUUGCAGCUACUAUUCAUUUUCAUAAAGACAAUCACCAUUUGAUGAACUCUUACUAUGCCUUUGUAAUAAUCAGCUUAUUUUUCUCCAUACUCCAAUUUGGAAUUUCAUUGGCAUCUAUGUUUGCCCACAGUGCUCAUUAUUUGUAUUGGCAUAACAUCGCCUCGAUGUUUUUAGGAGUUGUUGUUUUUUCCUUAGCCUUAGCCAUGAUGAUUAUCCUUUCACGUACAAUCUACUGCCGACCUGCUGAAAGUGGGAACAUACAAAAUCAAACGGUAAUAUUCCAACCGUAUCCUAUUCAAACAGAAAAUAUUGAUCCACCUGCUGCAAGUAUUUAUGCACAACCAUCUCAAAAUGGACAAUUUAUGAUGUAUCCUCAACCAGUGUCUGCUAAUCCACCCCAGCUUGUUUAG